GUACUCCGUCCAUGCCGUUAAUAUCUGUUCAGAUGUUAAAUGAGCGGACAUUAAAAUCCUUGCUCCGCAACGGAGAAUUAAAUGGGAGAGAGGUUUAAUGGUUACUACUGUCACUUAAGCCGCCCGUGCCUUUUCCCAGCUGCAGCCACAAUAGGGGCACUUGGGAACGAGCACAUGAUCUCCAGCUAAAAGAUCCACUCCUUCAAUCACGGCAUUCGAAAAGUUUAUUGUGGAGCUGAAAGCGUCAUUUUUUGAAAACAGGAAGAAAUAGAAAGCGAGAAGGUGGGCGGAAGCAAUAAUUUUACGAUCCAGUGGAGGCUUUCUGCUAGGUUUCUCGGUUGAAACAGGGACUUGAAUCUCUGCCCUUGGUAUGCUGAAGAAGCCCUUCGAUCUUGGCUGCUUUUUUCUUCUUUUUUGCACAUAGGUUUUAUGAGCUGAGUCCAGUUCGGAUCUUUGCUCACUCACUCGGAUGUGCUGAAGUCAGGGUUUGAAGUGCCCACAUUUAUGAGAUACAUUUUGGAGAUGAUGGCAUGGACUGAAUAUUUGAAUUAUUCGCAAAAUCUGUUAUGCUAAAGAUGGGAUUUUUCAGAGUGAAAUUGUGCUUUUCCGCGAUUACCUUCGCUGCUUUCACUUUUGGGAUUUCCUUUGCUGAAUACAUUCCACUGGAUAACUACCUCUUAGCUUGUGGUUCUUCUCAAAAUGUAUCUGUUCAAGGCCGGAUCUUCUUUCCUGACUCGGUGCAGUCCUUCUUUUCCCUGAAAACCUCAGAAGAUACUGCAUUUUAUUCCCCCAGCGACUCCCUCCCUUCGCAGAUCUAUCACUCCCUUCGGAUCUUUACUAAGCCCGCUUCCUACAAAUUCAAGCUCCAACAACCUGGCCGCCAUUGGGUUCGACUCUACUUUUCCCCGCUCCCUGGCUCCAGACAUGACCUAAGAUCUGCGCCACUCACGGUUGUCUCUGAUGAUUUUGUCUUCAUGAAAAACUUCACCUUCAACAAUUUCAAUCAUUCUUACCUCUUCAAGGAGUAUUCUGUCAAUGUCACCUCCACUUCAUUGGUCAUUACCUUAAUUCCAUCCAAUGGCUCCGUCUCAUUUGUGAAUGGGAUUGAAGUAGUUUCAGUUCCUGAUGAACUGGUAUAUGAUCAAGCUCUAGCAAUACCAAACGCCCCUUACAGCGGACUCUCUCACCGCGGCCUUGAAACCAUGUAUCGGCUGAACAUUGGCGGCCCUUUGCUCACUCCUCAGAAUGAUACUUUGGGAAGGACAUGGGAAAAUGAUGGAAAGUAUCUUCAUGUUCUUGGUUCAGCUGUGAUUGUUGCUGUUGAUCCUCUUACAAUAAAUUAUCCAGAUGGGGUGAGACUUGAGGCUGCUCCAAAAUGGGUUUAUUCUUCUGCUGAUGCAAUGGCAGAUGCCAAUGUCACUGAUUUGAACUUCAACAUCACAUGGGUUUUCUCUGUUGAUCCAAGCUUUCUUUAUUUUGUUCGUCUUCACUUCUGUGAUAUUGUCAGUAAGGCAAUGGACACACUGGUCUUCAAUGUCUACAUCAAUUCAGACAUAGCCAUUCCAAGUUUGGACCUGUCAUCCCUGAAGGGAGACUUGUCAGUGCCUUACUACAAGGAUUUCGUUUCAAAUUCUUCAAAUAACACUAGCAUGAUGUCUGUAAGUGUUGGCCCUGACAGUAUGGCUGACUUGAGCAAUGCUAUUCUGAAUGGCCUAGAGAUCAUGAAGAUCAGCAACGACAUGAAGAGCUUUGAUGGGUUGAAUUCUGUUGUAGAUCUCCAUCCAUCCUCUUCCUCGAGAAAGAAUACAUUGUCCAUUUUAAUUGGGUCUGUUGUUGGGGCUCUUAUUGCUUUAGGAUUGAUAGCUUUGUGCUACUGCUUCAUUGUUGCUCGGAGGUCAAAGACAAAUACUCAUGCUCAGCCCUGGUUGCCACUUCCAUUAUAUGGAAACUCACUAACAAUCAGCAAAGUCUCAACAAUUUCCCACAAAAGUGGCACUGCAAGCUGCACCUCAUUGGCCUCUACUAACCACGGUCGUGUGUUUACAUUUCAAGAGCUCAUGGAUGCUACAAAUAAAUUUGAUGAGAGCCUUCUUGUUGGUGUCGGUGGCUUUGGGAAGGUCUACAAAGGGACCCUGGAUGUUGGCACUAAGGUGGCUGUGAAGAGAGGAAACUCACGUUCUGAGCAAGGUCUAGCUGAAUUCCACACCGAGAUUGAUAUGUUGUCGAAGCUCAGACAUCGCCACUUGGUUUCAUUGAUUGGAUACUGCGACGAACGCUCAGAAAUGAUCCUGGUUUAUGAAUUCAUGGCAAAUGGUCCUCUGAGGAGCCAUCUAUAUGGUUCAAGCCUUCCAUCACUUUCAUGGAAGCAAAGACUUGAGAUUUGUAUUGGUUCAGCAAGGGGCCUGCAUUAUCUCCACACUGGAGCUGCCCAAAGCAUAAUCCACCGAGAUGUGAAGACAACCAAUAUUCUUUUAGAUGAGAGCUUUGUGGCAAAGGUGGCAGAUUUCGGCCUGUCGAAGACUGGGCCGGCUUUAGACCAGACACACGUAAGCACUGCAGUUAAAGGGAGCUUUGGAUAUCUUGAUCCCGAGUAUUUUAGAAGGCAGCAGCUAACAGAGAAGUCGGAUGUUUACUCUUUCGGAGUUGUGUUGUUGGAAGUUCUAUGUGCGAGGCCGGCGCUGAACCCAGUGCUACCAAGGGAGCAAGUUAAUAUAGCAGAGUGGGCAAUGAACUGGCAGAAGAAGGGAAUGUUGGAGCAAAUAAUGGAUCCAUAUUUGGUUGGAAAGAUAAAUCCUGCUUCGCUUAAGAAAUAUGGUGAUACAGCUGAGAAAUGCUUAGCAGAGCAAGGAAUCGAUAGGCCUUCGAUGGGAGAUGUGUUGUGGAAUCUUGAAUAUGCUCUCCAGCUUCAGGAAACCUCUGCGCUUGCUGAUCCAGAUGAGAAUAGCGUGAAGAGCAUUCCUGGCAUUUUGCUGCCUGGUUUGGAGCCCUUGGAUAAGAGUGCGAGCAUGGCGGAGGGGAUGAACUCAGGCAUUUAUGAGGAUGCUGAGGAUGCAGCAACUAGUGCUGUUUUCUCUCAGCUUGUUAAUCCGCGAGGAAGGUGAACAGAUUUUUCAAUGGGGGCGUUUGUUAAAGCUAUCAAAUU